AUGAAGUCCUCCUGGCGCGGGGGCGGCUCGGGCGGCCGCUGGGGCAGCGGCAGCGGCGGCGGCAGCGGAUCAGGCGGCGGCAGCGGCAGCGGCGGCGGCAGCAGCUGGGGCCGAGGACGAGGACGCGGCAGAGGCGGCCACCACGGAGAUGGAGGUGGGCAGGGCGGCAAGAGCGGCUAUGGCUCGCAGGGUCGCUCCUUUAGCUCCCGGGGCCGCGGGCGCGGUGGCGGAGGCGGCGGCGGUGGCGCUGGAGGCGGUGACCGGGGCAGCUGGGACCGCAGCGGCGGCUGGGACCGUGGUGGCAGUGGUGGUGGCUUCGGCGGCGGUAGCGGCGGCGGCGGCGGCGGCGGUGGCGGCUGGGAUCGCAGCAGUAGCCGGGACCGUGGUGGCUAUGGUGGUGGAGGCGGUGGUAGCGGCUACGGUGGCGGUGGCUUCGGCUUCGGCGGUGGCGGCCACGGUGGCGGCGGCGGCUACGGCGGUGGCGGCCGCGGCGGCGGCUCCGCCGGCUAUGGCGCAUCCCGGCGCGGAGGCGGCGGAGGCGGCGGCAAGAACAAGAACCGCCGCAAGAAGGGGAUGAUGAUGAUGAGGGUGGUGACGGUGGAGCCGCACCGCCACGAGGGCGUCUUCAUCUACCGCGGCAUGGAGGACGCCCUGGUCACGCUGAACAUGGUGCCGGGCCAGUCGGUGUACGGCGAGCGGCGGGUCACGGUGAACGAGGGCGGCACCAAGGUGGAGUACCGCACCUGGAACCCCUUCCGCUCCAAGCUGGCCGCGGCCAUCCUGGGCGGCGUCGACCAGAUCCACAUCAAGCCCAAGUGCAAGGUGCUGUACCUGGGCGCCGCCUCGGGCACCACCGUCUCGCACGUCUCCGACAUCAUCGGCCCCGACGGCCUGGUCUACGCGGUCGAGUUCUCCCACCGCGCCGGCCGCGACCUGGUCAACGUGGCCAAGAGCCGCACCAACAUCAUCCCGGUCCUGGAGGACGCCCGCCACCCGCUCAAGUACCGCAUGCUCGUGGGGAUGGUGGACGUGAUCUUCGCCGACGUGGCCCAGCCCGACCAGUCCCGCAUCCUGGCGCUCAACGCGCACACCUUCCUGCGCAACGGCGGCCACUUCCUCAUCUCCAUCAAGGCCAACUGCAUCGACUCCACCGCGUCGGCCGAGGCGGUGUUCGCGUCCGAGGUGCGCAAGCUGCAGCAGGAGGACCUGAAGCCGCAGGAGCAGCUCACCCUGGAGCCCUACGAGCGAGACCACGCCGUGGUGGUGGGCGUCUACCGGCCCAUCCGAUCCAGUUCCAAGAGCCGCAGCAGCAGCAAGUAG